CAUGAAGACACCUCUUCACAAAAAUGUCCUGAUCCACCCUCCCUCAUCAUUCACGCACAGACACACCCAUCCGUCCAUCCGUCCAUCGGUCACCCUCCCCCGUAUCUCUCGGCAUACAAGGCUAUCGGCUCCUCAUCCAGCAGACCCGCAUUCCUUUCCACAUACUCGCGCAGGCGCGUCUUCCUGUCGUAGAGAUACGUGUGGUUGAGGAAGUCCGCCUCGACUUGCGGCCCCAGCCGCCUGGCGGCGAGGACGCAGUGCCGCAGGUAGGGCCUGCAUGGCCAGAUCUCCCCCUGCCAGUGCCAAAUGGUGUCGAUGCCCCGGUGGGUGACCUUUUUGUGCCAUUCGUCCAUCCCCCACUUGUCCUGCAGCAUCUUGUCACUCGCCCGUGCGCACAAGAGACCCUCUGUGGACACACUGCAUUCAAUUCAGCACGAGCAGCACACAGCGCAGCAGAUCAAUCAAGAGACCCAUGAUGACAUACAUCGAUCUGUCUUGUGGGUGGGGUGUUUUCUUUUCUUCGCAUUCGCUCACCCACCCAUUCAUGUCUGUGACGGGCACUUUCAGAAUCUCGAACUCCCAUUCUCGCUGGUAGAAUGCGUCCAGGUCGCUGACAGGUAUCUCGAAUACGGUGACGAGGAAGCCCUCGUCCGUUUGGCCAUCCUCGAUGCGCUCUGCAGUCAGGCCCGAACACUCGAGAGUCUCCCGGUUGGCGAUCCCGGUCUCAAACCUAGAUGGGCAAUCGGCAACCAUCCCAUCAGCGUCAUCGUGUGUGUCUGUGUGUGUGUCCAGGCCUAAGUGGUUGGCUCACCAGUCGGUGACGGGAUGCUCGAAGACACGUCGGAAUCCUUUGAGUCUGCCGAGUCUGAAGUUGAUGAGAUGGGGGAAGGUCAUGCGGGAGCUCUUCUCGCCCAGCAGAGAGCCAAUGCCAACGAUCGUCUCAUAGCCCGGCGUCGAUGUCAUGGCAACCGAGAGAGUCAAAAGCGACUUGCUGAUAGAUGCAGCCAAUAUGCUCAGAUCAGACUCUCAGCCUGUUGUGCUUGCGUGCAUACCAACCCAACCUGAGGAAGCAGCCACACACACACACACAUGCUCCACAUGAAUGAUGCUCUGCCGUAGCCGUACCACGCAAAGAAGAAGAGGGCGAAGAGUAUAAGCAGCAGCACCGUCGCAUACACCUCAAAGUCCAUCCCAACGUCAGCAGCAACCCCAGCACAUGACACGGGCAGGAGUGGGCGUAGAUCAGUCGAUGAUCAGAG